AUGGAUAACCCAAAUUUCAGCAACCCCUCUUCUGUAAACAUGUCAUUCUUUUUAAAUAGCAAUAAGAACAUGAGCAGUGUGAACAUGAUUAGCAACUCGAAUAAUAAUAGCAAUAACUGCAACAGUAGCUUUAUACAUGAUGGGCAGGGGCAAAACAACGAUGGCUUUAACCAGUUAAACAAAAAUGAUGAAUCCAUUGACAUACUAGUCAACCAAAUGGAAAACUCAUUUUCCAUAAGCACAGACAUUAUAAAGAAUGUUAGUAAUCUUCUUGAAAGCACAAAGGUGGAGGAAAAAAUAAAAGGAAUUCGCUUGGUAUAUGCCUCAUUACAUUACAAAUAUAAAAAUAAUUCAGACUACAAGAAAAAUUUGUUGAACAGGGGUUGUGUGAUGUUAAAUACGCAGGAGAAAAAUGACGUAGACAAUGUCGAUUCGGAGGGCACAGCUAAUAAUGCCAAUGUACACCAGAAUGGUUACGGUAAUUUUUUGGCAACCAAUUAUAAUGGUGACACGGUUGGGAUGUUUUCCUCCAAAAAUGACCCAAGUAAUGGGAUAAACGGGAACGGUGGCAACGUCGCCAGCUGUAGUCCUGGCGCAGUUGGAAGUAACAGUCCCAGUGGUAAUGCGCAGACACAAGCCCAAGCUCAGCACAAUAAUGGCCUGCUAAACAGCUACCCAGGGAAUGACCAAAUUAAUUUAAAGGUCCUAAACUCAAUGAUCUUUGCCAACUAUAAAAGUAUAAACAACGUAGAUGAGUACUUCGAUCUGCUGGACAAAUGCCUAACGAGGGAAAACGUCAUAGAUAUAAAUCUGAGUGACAUAUUCGAAAUGAACAUCAUUAAUAUCAUAAAGGCUUUGCUGUACAAUUAUAUAUUCCAUAAUGAUGAAAUUAUCGUGGAGGCAUUAACCCUACUGAUUAUUAUCUUUGGCUGCUGCGGGUCAGGAGAGAAAAUCAAACAAGAUGUGUUAAUCAUAUCACUGCUGAGGACCAUACUGAUAUACGACAUAACAAAGUUGAAAAAUGACCUGAUAGACAAUAAGGGCAUUGUGGAAAUUCUACUAAAAGCAGUAGAAAAUAUUCCUAAUUUGAAUGGAGUGCGUGUUUGCUACACCUUAGUUGUGUAUGGGUUGAAAAUGUUCUAUGUGUCCACAUGCCAAAUAUAUGAAAAGUCCUUUUUAAGGGAACUUGAAAUUAUCACCAAUUAUUUAUCCACUUGUAUCAAAAUGAAUGACGAAAGAGUUUUAUUCCUGACGAGCUCUACCUGUAUUACCAUUUGUGAAAACCAAAUAGGUAUAGAUGUUUUACUCAAGACGGACAUACUGCACAACGCGGUAAUAUUGUGUGAGUCGGCUAACCCGGACCUCGCCUUUGAAGCCUUGUCCAUUAUCUCCAAAAUAGCCUACGCAGCUAACCACCAGCAGAUCUGUAUCCUUAUCUCAUGCAAUGUCAUUAAAGCGUUGAAAAAGAUACUAAAUAAUAUGAAAAUCAAACCUGGGGCACGUGCACGGGCAUGCAACGCGUUAGGGAACAUAGGAUGCGAAACAGCAUCGGAGGUGGAGUUGCUAAUCAAAAAUGAUGUCUUCCCAUUACUGGUAGAUAUUUUCCAAACGGAUAAUGACUUUAACACGAAAAUUGAAGCGGCAUAUGCUGUUUGCGCAUGUUUGUCCAAAGCCAACCAAAAACAGGUUGGGUAUAUCAUUUCCUGUACUGCCACGACCAACCGGUUGGGACAAAACAUUUGCAUGCAACUCAUUGCAGAUAUGCUAGAAUUAGUUAGUGAGUCGGAUCCUAUGAAUAAUGGAAGUGUCAAAUUGUGUAAGAGCAUUUUGAGAGGACUUGAAAAUAUCUUAGAUAAGGGCGAUGAUGAAACACGUGAUUUGUCCCUAUGGGAGAAUCCAUAUGUUUUUAUGUUUAAGGAAGUGCAGGGAGAUAUUAAGCUCUUCCAGAUGCAGUUCUUUCCCGAGUAUUACGUCGUCAACAAGACGUACGACAUACUCGCCAAAUACUUCUCCUUGACAUCCACUUGGAACAAUAGAAAAUGA